GCCAGUUAUUGCUGGCUCGGUCGAUAUCCGGGCGUGAGACCAACGGAACCUUCGCAGAAUACGUCUGACCAGGGAGCCGGUAGAUCUGGACGGUCAAUGAUCUGCAAUCCUGGCUCAGCUUGAGCGGCUUUAGAGCAAAGCGUAGAUUGGCCCAAGCCGUACCCGCAUCCUGACACAUGAGAAUCCCGUUCUCGAGUCCAUCGGUGCACCCGCAACUGAUCGCCGCUUGUCUCCAAAAUGCCACCCUAGGCCCCGACCAGAACAUCCCUAUAAUGUCCCACAGCAUGGCCGAUUCCUCUGCCUGCCCAGGUGCCUCCAGCGGAUGCGGAAAGGCGUUGCUGGACCAUCGGAUUCCACCAUCUUCCCGGGUGAUCACACAGGACCCGUCUCGCUCCUCGCACUGUGCCGGUCGUCAGACUCCCAUCACCCGCUCGACACUACCGGAAAAAUUAACACUCACCGGAUCCCGCAAGCCAUCACCUCCAUCAUCCCAUGUCUCGGAUACACUGUCCCUCCCUGGUGAAAGGAAUGUUAGUUGGAAAGCUGGGGCUGGGUAUAUCUUCUAUUGCCACUCACAGACUUCUAGCGCGUCCUUGAAUGCGUCGGCGCCCUGGACGAACAAGAG